AAAGCGCGGCCGGCGGAGUCGGGUAUUCACGUCGGCCGAUGUCGUCCUCGUGCUACUGCUUGUGCGGCGUGAUAGCGAGGCCAUCUCACACCACCAAGUACAGUAGCCGGAGACAUCAUCAAUUCAAGCGCCCCGCACCCGCUAUAAUUUUCUUCUCUCCCUAGUAAACACCUGGCUGCCCUCGUCUUUCCCCGUCACCCUCCCUCAACCUUUCAACUUUCCAACUUCUAAACGUCCAUCACCACCAAAGCCCGACUCGUCAGUCUCGGCACGCCCAGCUCCACCAGCUUCCCACUUCCGGCUUCUCUCGACCACUUCACUUCUUGCUUCGCAACACUCCACACGCGCAACCUCGCACAAUCACAACCUUCACACAUACUCCAAAAUGCAAGCCACACGCAUCCUCUUCGGCCGUCAGCCCAUGAUCCGCUUCCUCGGCAAGAGAUCAAUUCCUACCAAGAUUGACCACACUCCUCACGCCCACCCCGCCGCACCCACUUCUGAGCUCCCCGACUCCUUCGCUUCCUACAGACAGAAGGCACAGCAACACGGUCCUCUGUCCCGCCGUUCCCCGGCCAGCCAAUACGGUGGCUUCGUUGGCCCCAAGGCUGGAAAGUCUCUUGGUCCCGUCGAGCCCGCAGCCGGCGAGUUCUUCGACCGCAGCGACCUGCCCGCCCGUUUCGCAAGAACCUCCUGGAGCGCAGCUGAGAUCGAGGCCAUCGAGUCCGGUGGUGCCAGCAUGUUCGCAUAAACGAACACGCCUCUCCUCUUGAUGAUGAACAAAAAGUCUUUUUAGCGAUGUGCAAAUGGGAAAAAGCGAGCGUCUGCAGGCAAGCGCUGGAUCUUCCCCUGCCAACCGGAUUUACAUACCUCUACGACGAUUGAUUUUCACGGAUGCGACACGAUUUCGGCCAGAUAUCCAAAGAGCUCGACAAUGUACGCGAGCAGACACGCCACGGCGUGCUGGGAAUACCCGCGCC